GCUUUUUAGAUCCCAAAUGAACAUGUUUUUCGUUAGCCUGUUGGUUGCCUAUCAAUUUUUAGUAUAAUAUUUAUCUAAACCUUUGUUUUUUUGUUUGUUUGUUUUGUUGGUUUUUUGCUCUUACCAAAUUAUGUGUGCUGCCAACAAAUAUUGCUGUGGGCUUGAUCUUAAAUACGGAUGCUAUUUUCUCUCCCUUUGGAAUGUGAUAUUCGGUAUAUAUUAUGGUUCUAUUGCUUUGAAAAUAUAUUCAUCAGACGAACACGACAUAAUUGUAACAACUAUUUAUUUCCUGUGCGCUAUUUUAUCGAUAGCUGGCGGCAUUUGCCUGCUAGUUGGAAAGUUCAAGAUGAAACCGAUACCAAUGAAGAUUGGACUUUGCUUUGGAUUUCCUUUGGCUUUUUUGGCGUUCCUAUUCAUUUUUCCAAUACUCAUACAGAUAUAUCAUACUGUUGUCGUGUGUACAUUUAUUUCUGUGGAGUUCACUGAGCCUGAUAUCACAACUCAAACCAUCUGACAUCUAUAAUAUUAUUAAGUGACAAAAAUACAAUUUGUUUGACUUUA